CUCUUUGCUUGUCGGUGCAUUGCCCUGAAGGCUACACUGGCCCGUACGGCCUCUCAGAGUGGCUUCUAUCGUCGGUUACCGCAGCAGUAAUGGCGUCACUCGUUCUCGUAUUCAAGCAACCCCGGACCUGGAUCCCGGAGAGUCUGGCCUCUCCGUUCAAGAUCUUCGACCAAGAACACCGCGCGAGAUGGGUCGGCUCUCCGUCUAAGCGGCUUCUGUCUGGAUUUCUCGCGGGAUAUCUCUCUGGGCCUGGUGCGCUGACGGUAGUCCUUACGCUCGUCUCUGGGGUCUUUCUGGGCUUCUUUGUCUUGUGGGUGCUGGAGGUUGUGCAUGAGAACGGAAAUUGUUACGGUGAGUGUUCUACGACACCUACUGUAUCCGCUUUUCCAAAGAACACACGUUUCGUCCAUUCAGAGGCUGUUGACCUCGAGCAGGACUACGAGGUCUCCGCCAGCGGCUCUGAGGAUCACACUGCGCCAUCGGACGCGUACGCUCACGUCGUCGGCUGCGAGCUCUCUUCCGACGGCGUCGUGCCGACUGUCGAGGUGACUUUGGAACACGCCCUUGUUCAGGGCCGCGACGUCCAUCUCGAGCUUCCUGUCGAUCUCUUGAAGCUCCAUACCGGGUGUUUGGCUUGGACCGCUCCUCUGGCCAGUACGGAUGCCACACUGACUAGUACGGAUGCUACGCUGGCUAGCGAGGACUGCCUUGCCGGAUAUGUGGCCUCUCCCAAGCAUCCACACGCGCGAUUGCCGUCCGCGACGCUGGAGGAAGACCGCCAUUCGGGCGCAGUGGCGGUGCUCGAAAUGGACGGCGACGAGUUCAAGUUCAACCCUCACGCGCCGACGUUCGUCCCUCCCUCCGUCUCCUGCCCUGAUCCAGACAAGCACGACUUCCUCGCAGUACAUAACUUCCCUGCUGCUGCUCCUCGAGCUAGCAACCGCAACUGUCCUACUUCUCAAUCUCGAUGGCCUGGACGGCGGCCCGCUCCCGCUCCUGCUCCUGUACAUGCUCCAUCUCGGCAGCUCCCCAGGGGGAGGACGGCCGGCGGGCCGAACGCGAAGUGGCUCCUCCUCGUUCCCCAGCACCACAAUCACCAUCGCCUCGGGCCUGCCAUGCUCGCCUCAAGCGGUAUCCGGGACCCGACGAUGGAGAGAUACAAGCGGAUCUGCCACUGGAGGGGGACGGCGAUGGCGGCGCGGCGGUGCAAGCGCGAGUCUAUCGCCGCGAACGCGGAUGUGGAGGCGGAGGCGGAGCGCGAGGCGGAGAGGGUCGCGCUGGAGGUGAUCGCAAAGGUUGUGGACGAGGACGAGGAUGGGUGCGCUUGAAUGCCGUUCUGACUUUGGCUGUCGGGCCACGCGCGGGCUGGGUCACGCGUACAUCUCUAUCCGUGUUGACUCCAAUCUGAGCAGUCUGACCCACAUGUUGCGGGGAGGAGUUGAGUGCGCAUCGUGAAUAUAACAAGUCCGCGGCGCCCUGGGAGAAGUUAUUAUUGGUAGGUCGCCAAGACCUACCAACAAUGGUACAAGGUUGCUGACUCGCAAACCACAGUACUCGCGGCCUCUGCAGGUGUGGCCGCACUGUGUCGUGCGUUCAGCAGCUCGUCAUGACCGAUGGAUUAGAACCAAUACGAGCUGGUGCCUUGCAAUGA